AUGGUUCAGUGGCUCUAUUGUAUGAUCCUGUUGCCAAGGUUUCUGCAUGCAUCAGUUGUUUGGUGGAUUAGAAGCCAGUUGAAAACGGUGAAAUUGAAACUUGGACAACUGCAAGCAAUGGUGUUUAGAGGGGUUACUGGAGGUAUGAGAACCAUGCCAUCUUCUGCGUUAGGUUUCUUUUUGGCGGAGAAACCCCUACACAUUUUAACGGUUAACAAGGCUGCUCUCACAAUGAUCAGACUUCAAGCACAGGGGAAAUGGAAAGCUAGGGAAAAACAUACAAAAUUCCCGGCCUCUAUACUAAAUAUCCCAGAAAUCAAUAUGGGACAGGAUAGAAUGGUCAAAAGAGUGAAAUUCAAACCUCGCUUUAAGACCAUUAUUCCUUCGAGAAAAGAUUGGGAAAAGGGCUGUCCACUUGGAUGUGAACUUUGGUUUACGGAUGGAUCCAAGAUGGAAAGAGGCACUGAUUUGGGUGUAUACUGUAAGUCUAAUGCAACUAAAGUGACAUUAUCUUUAGGCCAUUACACCACGGUUUGGCAGGCAGAAGUCUGUGCUGUAAUGACUUGCGCAAUGAUUUGCCUUGAAAAAGGAAAGUCUAGUAAGAGAAUUAAUAUCUGUGUCGAUAGUCAGGCGGCUUUAAACGCCUUGAGAAAUCCGACUAUAGAGUCAAAACUAGUUUUGGAAUGUCGGAAGGUAUUGGACGAGAUAGGUUUGAAAAAUAAGCUCUCAUUAAUCUGGGUACCAGGACACUCGGGAAUCAGAGGAAAUGAAGAAGCAGAUACCUUAGCCCGUAGAGGGUCUGAGAUGACUAUGAUAGGCCCGGAGCCGGCGGUAGUCAUUAUGCCAAGUGCGGUGAAAGGGGCCAUUGAAAGAUGGUCUAGAAGAUGUCACGAGAGAGUGGGCGGAGACUACUGCACAACGAGCGGCAAACCGUGUCCCUGCUGUAAAGCCGGUUCUCAAAUGGGCACGUUUGUAAGCGAACGUGAACGUGUACGUGCUGACGUCACAAUGUUGUGCAAGUGGGUAACGUCAGCACGGUACGUACACGUUCACGUACAAACGUGUCCAUUGUAG